GAUGAAUGUGCCAGCGUCCCCUGUCAGAAUGGAGGUUGGUGUAUAGACACGACUACUUCGUUUAGAUGUCAUUGUGAAGGUUCGAGAUAUAUUGGUACAAAUUGUGAAAUAGAUACUGUCAAUGACUGUGUAUCUAAUCAGUGUAAAAACGGAGCUACUUGUAAUGAUGGUGUUAAUUCAUAUACAUGUUCUUGUAAACCAGGAUACACUGGUAAUUUGUGUGAU